CCAUCCUUCUCUUCUUCUUCCGUCACUCAUUCUUCCCUGGCCCGUGAGGCUGCCACUCAUUCAAAACACCGCCCCUACAUACCUCUCUCCUGAUCGAACAAUACGCGCUGGACGCCAUUGCAUUGCACUCUCUACAACGAAGCGCAGACACCUUUCCAAGCACACUAUCACUACGAACUACACCCCCUACACCAACCCACAUGCUCCGACUUUCCCACUGAAAUACACCUGACAGAGCACCACCAUGUUCGCUUUUCACCGCAAAACCCGGUCUUUGAUCUCUGUGCGAGACAUGGAGAAGAUCGAAUUCAUCCAGGCCGAGUAUGAACAGCACGGGAGCUUGACUCCAGAGUCCGAAGAGGAGGAUUCACAGACCAACACACACACGCCUCGACAGCGACGCAACUUGAUCAUGAUCUACCUUCUCUUCCUGGCCGAGGCGAUUAUGGCGACUUCUCUUCAAUCUCAAAUUACCACGCUGCUUCCUUCUACAUCUGCCUGCUUGACUAUGGACACCUCGUUCCUGCGCAGCAUAUUGCAAUGCGCUUAUUACUUCGGCAGUGCCAGUGGGAUGAUGUGGGGUCAUGCCGCCGACACCUACGGACGAAGGAGGAUUGCGUUGGUGGGAUUGCUCGGCAUGUCUGCUUGCUGCAUAUCUAUGGGCUUUGCAACGAGCUUCGUAGCAUUCUCCUUGCUGCGAUAUGUCGCCGGCGCCAUUAGCUCGGCUGCGACAGUUUCUGCCCUGACAAUGCUCGCAGACGUGACGCAUGGCAGCAGUAGCAGAACCAAGAUCGUGUCUAGACUUCCGCUGAUUGCGGUAUGUGGGCAAAUGGGACCACUGAUGACGAAUACCAUCAGACACUUUGCGCAAGACCACUUCCAUGGCGUGUUCGUUAACUACCCCAGCCUUGCUGGUCAGAUGGCCUGCGGUCUCCUGGUCUUCAGCAUCGGAAUUGCUGAGGGACUACUGCUAGAUGAGACUCUCCCGACUGAUCAGCCAAACAAGGAGGAGCACUAUGCCGAUUGCGAAAAAGCUGCAUUCCUUGGACAAUCCCUGAUGAAUGAUUCUGAGGAGUCACUGAGCAUCAGUAUCAUCGAGGCCCUCAACGAUGAUGCCGCUGCUCCGCGAACAUCACAGAUCAGCAUGCUUCAGAUGGUCACUGCGCCAUCUGUGCUAUUGCUGCUUGCUUCAUUCUCGAUCCUGUCACUUCACGCCUCCACUUUCGAGAUCUUACUCCCUCACAUGGGUCACAAUGAAAGCCACUCCUUCGGUUUUGGAAUUUCAUGUUCCUGGUUGAGCCCGGUGAUGCUGGUCUUGAAGUGCCUUGUAGCACUCAGAGUCCUGCAUCUCGUGCCCUUCCUUGUCAACAAUGUCGGCACGCUGCCUGUUUACCGAAGGAUAUCGAUGGUCUUUCCCGUACUCUACCUGAUCAUACCCCUAAUGGCAUUGGCCGUAAGCGCGACCGAAGCCUCGGCCAUCAUCUCUCCCGUCUUCAACACAAUUGCAACUUUGAUCAAGACGACUCUCGCAAAUGCCGCACAGGUGCUUGUGAUCUUGCUGGUGUUCUCCGCAGCACCGGAUGCUGCGUCUACUGGAACACUCGUUGGAGUCAUCUCCAUUUCAGAGCUGUUCAAGGCUUUGGCUGUUGGCGUUACUGGCGUCAGUUAUUUCCUAUCAGAAGAUUACUCUAUGGCAGCCGUGAAUGGCACGCUUUGGGCUGUACUCGCGACCACUGCUCUUGUCGGCGCCGGCAUCACCUGGAAACUGCGUGAAAGCCCGAGGGUUGGAACAGACAUCCCAAGCGAGUGCUUAACGUGGCAAGGCAUGUUCGACGCCAGCAGCGAUGAUGAACAAGGAUUUUGAGCAUCUUUUCCAGCAUGCUCGCAGGGAGCACAGGGUUGAUUUUAGCGCCGUGUUUUUUUUUGUCUCCUUCCGGACUCUCGUUCACGACCCUUUAACGACCUUGUUUUCUCUCUUGCGGCUGAAAUGUUUUGAAGCACUGCUUUCGCAGUCAAUUGUACAGUUCGUAAAUCCAAAUGGAGUUUACAAUCUUGACUUUUCGUUG